AUGGCUGGUUCACAACUUAAGAGUUUGAAGGCUGCUUUGAAAGCCCGCGGGCUCACAGGCCAAACAAACGUUAAAGGUAAGAGUAAGAAGAAUCCGAAAAGACAAGCGAAAGAGUACGAUCGUGAAGAGAAGAAGAAGGCCAUUGCUGAAAUUAGAGAAGAGUUCAAUCCCUUUGAAAUAAAGGCCGCCAGAAAUAAAAAGAGAGAUGGCGCAUCUUCUAAAACUGCUGAUCGUAUUGCAGUAGGGAAGCCAGGUAUCUCUAAACAGAUCGGUGAAGAACAAAGAAAACAUGCAUUCGAGGCAAGGAAAAUAAUGAAGAAUAAGCGCGGUGGUGUGAUUGAUAAGAGAUUCGGUGAGAGAGACAAAUUUUUGACUGAAGAAGAAAAAAUGUUGGAACGUUUCACUAGAGAAAGACAAAGUCAGUCAAAGAGAAAUGCAAACUUAUUCAAUCUCGAAGAUGAUGAAGACGAUGGAGGCGUGUUUGGAGACGGUCUUACACAUCUCGGCCAAUCUUUGUCAUUAGAAGAUGAGUUAGGUAAUGACGAAGGUGAUUUCUUAGCAUCUAAACGAGUCAAUGAAGAUGAUGUUGAACAGCUUCAACCUCAAAGGAAAAAGACUAAAGCUGAAGUUAUGAAAGAAGUCAUUGCUAAAUCGAAGUUUUAUAAGCAAGAAAGACAAAAGGCUCAAGGGGUACUGGAAGAUAAAAUAGACGAUCUGGACGAUAAUUUUGAAGAUGUUAUGUCUGAAUUGAUGAUGACACAACCCAAGAAGAGUACACUAGAAUCUAAGACUGAACUAGAUAAGGAGUAUGAUAUAAAAGUCAGAGAACUACAGUUGGACAAGAGAGCUGCUCCUACGGAUAGAACAAAAACUGAAGAGGAGAAAAAUGCUGAAGCUGAAAUAAAGAAACGGGAGUUGGAACAACAACGUCUUGAUCGUAUGAACGGUAUGAUCGAACUAGAAGAAGGGGAGGAAAAGGGUGUAGAGGAUUUGGAUGACGGAUUCUGGGAGAAUGAAGAAGACUAUGACGAUGAUAAUGGAGGUAUUGCCAAUUCAGAUGAUGAUAUAAACCUUGAAGAUCAAGAUGUGGAUGAAAAGUUUUCUCAAAUUUUAAAGAAAAAAAAUAUCUCUAUGUUAUGCCCUGAAACACAUGAUGCGCUUCUGAAGCUAGUAAACAAGGUAGAUUUGUCUGACCAUCCUAAGGUUGUUAAAAGUAUUAUCAAAGCUUAUCAACCAAAACUAGCUGAAGGCAACAAAGAAAAAUUGGGGAGGUUUACUGCGGUUUUACUAAGACAUAUUAUUUUCUUAAGUAACCAAGAAUACUCUAAAAAUGUUCGAAGCUUCAAGGAUACUCAAAACUCUUUGAUCGCAAUAUUAAAAUCCCUCUCAGAAAAAUACAAUAAAGAGCUUUCCGAAGAAUGUAGAGAGUACAUCAAUGAAAUGCAAGAACGUUAUAAAAAGAAUUAUUUCGACGCUCUUUCGAACGGUGAUUUGGUUUUCUUUUCAAUUAUUGGUAUUCUUUUCUCUACCUCAGACCAAUAUCAUUUAGUAAUAACUCCGGCAUUGAUUUUGAUGAAUCAAUUCUUAGAACAAAUUAAGUUUAAUUCGUUGAAGAGAAUUGCAUUUGGUGCGAUUUUGGUAAGAAUUGUUUCACAAUAUCAACGUAUUUCUAAAAGGUACAUACCUGAGGUGGUUUAUUUCUUCCAAAAAACGUUACUUACAUUCAUAGUUGAAAAAGAAAGUAAAGAAAAGCCGUUAGAUUUUGAAAAUAUUAGGCUGGAUUCUUAUGAGUGGGGGCUUCCAAUGAAUACUAACUUUCCCAAAGAGAGAUCAAUCACUAUCCCAUUGCAUACAUUUUCAACAAUGGAUACCGAGCUGCAAUCUGUAGAGAAAAGAGUCUCCCUAUUGCUGAAUGUUAUGGAAUCAUUAGACACAACUAUUUCUACUAUAUGGAAAGACUUGCCUGCCUUCAAAGAAAUUAUUUUACCAAUCCAAAAACUUUUAAGUACAUAUGCUUCAAAAUACCCUCAUUUUGAAAAGCCAAAAAAUCUUCUGAACAAAAUUGAAAAGUUAACGAAGUUUACAGAGCAUGUCCCAUUAACUUUACAAAACCACAGGCCUAUAUCUAUACCUACACAUGCACCUAAAUAUGAAGAAAACUUCAAUCCUGAUAAGAAAUCGUACGAUCCUGACAGAACAAGAAGCGAGAUCAAUAAGAUGAAGGCUCAAUUAAAGAAGGAACGUAAAUUUACUAUGAAAGAAAUCCGUAAGGACGCUAAAUUUGAAGCUAGACAAAGAAUUGAAGAAAAGAACAGAGAAAGCAGUAACUACCAUGCGAAAAUGGCUCAUAUCGUUAACACUAUUAAUACAGAAGAAGGUGCCGAGAAAAACAAAUAUGAAAGGGAAAGAAAACUACGUGGAGGAAAAAAAUAG